CGAGGCGAGACCAGAAUGGCUGGAGACUGGGUAGCGCGCGUGCUGAUGACGAAAGCGGAAGUGCCGAGGCCAGAGGCGGGACGAGAGCCCGGAGGGGGCUCAGAAUUGCGGAAGUUUUCUGAGAAGGGUCGGCGGCUUGCGCCGGCUUGCGGUUUUGGAACCAGUUCGCCAAGGGGAGGCGUCGCUCCGGGUCCGAGGGCUACCAGCCUGCGCACGUUUGAGGCAACACCGGGCGCGAUUCGACGUUGCCGCUGUUGGCUUCCUCUGCCCUACUUCUUCCCCAGGGAGCCGCCUCGGAUCUCCGCCAUGGCAUCCACCUCGUCCAAUCUCCAGAAAGCAAUAGAUCUUGCUAGCAAAGCAGCCCAGGAAGACAAAGCUGGGAACUAUGAGGAAGCUCUUCAACUCUACCAACACGCUGUUCAGUAUUUUCUCCAUGUAGUUAAAUAUGAAGCCCAGGGUGAUAAAGCCAAGCAGAGUAUCAGGGCAAAGUGUACAGAGUAUCUUGAUAGAGCAGAAAAACUAAAGGAGUACCUGAAAAAGAAAGAGAAAACUCCACAGAAGCCAGUGAAAGAGGGACAGCCGAAUCCAGCGGAGGAGAAAGGGAAUGACAGUGAUGGGGAAGGAGAAUCUGAUGAUCCUGAAAAAAAGAAACUACAGAAUCAACUUCAAGGUGCCAUUGUUAUAGAGCGACCAAAUGUGAAAUGGAGCGACGUUGCUGGUCUUGAAGGAGCCAAAGAGGCACUGAAAGAGGCUGUGAUCUUGCCUAUUAAAUUUCCUCAUCUUUUUACAGGCAAGAGAACACCUUGGAGGGGAAUUCUGUUAUUUGGCCCACCGGGAACAGGAAAGUCCUAUUUAGCCAAAGCUGUGGCAACAGAAGCAAACAACUCAACGUUUUUUUCAAUAUCUUCCUCUGACCUUGUCUCUAAGUGGCUAGGAGAAAGUGAAAAGCUAGUUAAGAACUUAUUUCAGCUUGCCAGAGAGAGUAAACCUUCCAUCAUCUUCAUCGAUGAAAUUGAUUCUCUGUGUGGCUCAAGAAGCGAAAACGAAAGUGAAGCUGCCCGUAGAAUUAAGACGGAGUUCUUAGUUCAAAUGCAAGGCGUUGGUGUAGACAAUGAUGGAAUUUUGGUUCUGGGAGCUACAAAUAUCCCCUGGGUUCUGGAUUCUGCCAUUAGAAGAAGAUUCGAGAAACGAAUUUAUAUUCCGUUGCCUGAGGCCCAUGCCCGAGCAGCAAUGUUUAAAUUGCACUUGGGGACCACUCAGAACAGUCUAACGGAAACAGACUUCCGAGAACUUGGGAAGAAAACCGAUGGUUAUUCGGGAGCAGACAUAAGUAUCAUUGUGCGUGAUGCGCUCAUGCAGCCUGUUAGAAAAGUACAGUCAGCUACUCAUUUUAAAAAGGUUCGCGGACCUUCACGAGCUGAUCCUAACAAAAUAGUAGAUGAUCUGCUAACACCGUGUUCUCCAGGUGACCCUGGUGCCAUUGAAAUGACAUGGAUGGACGUCCCUGGGGAUAAACUUCUGGAGCCAGUUGUUUGCAUGUCGGAUAUGUUACGGUCACUGUCUAACACAAAGCCCACAGUCAAUGAACAUGACUUGUUGAAAUUGAAGAAGUUUACGGAAGAUUUUGGCCAAGAAGGCUAAACCAAAGAUAACAAGGAGGACGUUUACCAUGUGUGUUCUUUCCUUCGUAGGUACUUUUGCCUUUCUUAAUGGCAUUCAGAUUGUUUCCAGUAAAACUCUUUUACCACAGGAAAAUACAGAUCUCACUCCAGAGUCCCUUUAAUUUUAUAUGUACCUUUGCUCCAUUACCAGUUAAAUGCUCCUGUUAACAAAAAUGAUAAAAUAAUGGAUUAUAAAGAGAUCGGUGAUAUAUGAAUGGCAAAAAAUAGGAAUUGCCCAGUUAAGAAGAGGAUUAAAAUUGAUUGAGAUACCAAUAUUUAGGAUGGGUGGUCUUUACAAAGAGCAUUUAUUUUUUAUUUCCUCUCUCUUUCUCUCUCUCUCUCUCUCUUUCUCUUUCUUUUUUUUUUUUACCAGAAUGUAAUAGGGCUUAUUUUAUAUUUUGAAAAAAAAAUUCUUAAGCAUCAUUUGCUUCAAUGUAAAAUUUAUUUACUUUAUUAAAUGAUAGAAUCUUUAUUCUCAGGGAUGGGCAAUACUAGCAAAGAGCACUGUGAUUGGGCUUGAAAGAUUUUGAAUUGUGUUCUAGCCGGGUCUCAUUGAGUUUUGAUAGGCUGACAUUUUUCUUUGUGUAGAUUUCAGUAAUGUCUUUAAAAACAAUGGGCUUCUAUAUUUAAUUAAAUAAUACCUUUCACUGUGCAGUCUCAAAAGAAAGACUUUCUAAAUUAGGCAUUGUCUUUAUCUUGAAGAAGAAAAUUGUCUAUUUCAGUGUCUUUUUGUAGCAAGAUUGACCAAAACAGAUGGCAAAUAAAUACAUACUUUUUAAAUAACUCUGUCAUGAAAUGCUAUAAUGGGAACCUUUGCUAAAAGGAAUAGCCUCCCUUUGAAUUGUGGCAAGUUUCUUGUGGGUGUGUGUGUACAUAUAUAUAUAAUUUUUUUUUUUUUAAUAUAGGCUACCAAGGGUUUUAUCUUUUACCUUUUAAGUUCAGGGAAUAGUUUGUCUUGGCCACACAUAUGUUAUCAGUAUAAUGCUUGUGAAGCUUUAGAAAUGAACUAAUGUCUCAUUAAAUAAUAAAAUACAAACAUGAUACGUUAUUUUAAUAUCUUCAAAUAAAUAAUCUGAGGGUGUAUGUUAGACACUUUAGCAUCAACACUAAGUUGUGCCUUGUGCAUUUGCAUUGGCUAUAUAUGCAAAAGGAUUAUUACAUUAGCUGGAAUGAGAUAGGUUCCUUAAUUACUGUAAAGUUCUACCUUGCAAAUGCUAUAGAGUAACUCGCAUUUUAAAGUAUAUUUGCACAUUUUACAUAUAAUGCUUUCUGGUUGCCUUUCGGUUUUCUGUACAGAUUGUUUUUGUUGAUACUAAAUGGAAAUCAUAGGCCUGAAAUAAGCUGUUCUUAGUGAAGUAAAUUGAUAUAACCUACUAUUGGCUAUAUUCUGUGUAUGCUUCUUUAUUUUGGGAUCUCCUGUAUGGAAGAAAAUAGUAUCUGAAUGGAUUACGUACAAAGAAAUCAUUAGACAUCAUUAAGUAAGAAUGUAUCCCUGAAAACUCCAUUCUUCGGCAACUUUUAUGUGAGAGUUUGGAAUUAAUUUGGCAGACUAACGUAAUUCUUUGUGGCUGCCUUGUAAGAUAAUUUAUAUUCUUUAUCAGCCUUGGAAUUAUAUAGUGUUGCUAUUAAUUAUACUAAGAGAAUUCACAUAACUAUGUUAUUAUAAUUAAUAGUUGAAAUCCAGAAUUUUUUGUAAAUCUAGAAUUUGUUUUGAGGAAGUAUUUUAAAUAAUUUGAUAAAAUACAUGACCCAAUGGUAUAGAAGUAUAGUGUUGAUGAUAAAUGGGUACUUUAUCACACUUGAUUCCCACAUGGGCUUUGAGAACUGUAUCUCAGUACCCAUAUCACUUGUGGCCAUAGCUCCAUUUUCUGCAUUGCAUUCUUCUACAUUUUUAACAUUUCUGGUUCUAAACCUAUUUCUGGAGUCAAAUAAUUUUAGACUUAUCCUAGAAUGGUAGCACAUAGGCCAUUUCCCCUGAGUUCCUUGUGGACAGAUUACUCAGGCUGUGUCUGAACCUUGACCAUUAUGAAAUUUUGGGUAGAUGGUUUCUGAGGCUACUUGAGUACCUCUAUGAGCCACACCCUAGAUGUUAAAGAACAUUCUUUUUCGCAGCCUGAAAAUUACAGGGGUCUUAGUAAAAAGAGUUUCAGUAGAAAAGUGACUUUUGAGUUCACUGUCAUCUACAUGCAGAAAAACAGAAUGAGUAUGUAUAUUUGAUUAUUAAUAUGAAGUCCCAUUUACCUACUUGCAUGGUUGAGAAAUUGAGACACAGCUCCUUAACCUUGUAGCCAUAAAUGUUGCUCGACGCUGUUGCAAAUGAAGCGACAGUGAAUGCCCAGCAUGGACACCGAAUUUAUCUCAACUUUAUGAGCUCUCUUAGAUGUCACGUCAUCUCCUACCUCUGUACCUUCUUUAUGUCAAUUUUGUUACUCGCACAUAGAGUCCUUUCUUCUUUGCUGGUCCAAAUCCCAUUAUCUCUAUUAAGACCUAGCUCAUGACGUGUAUAAUCUCUUGAAGGAGCGUUCCUAAACUCUCCCCAUCCUACCUUUGGAUUCCGUUAGUAAUAAAUUGCUACUCCUAUCUUAAAAUCUUUAUCCAAAUUGCAAGCACAUUCUAUUAAUCUUGUUUAGAUCAUUUACACUGUAAGCUCUUCAAAGCGAUAUUACAUUUUCUCCUGCAGCUGGCACAGUGUGUGACCUCUCUUAUUAGGUACUUGCUGAAGGCUCGAGAAAUCAGGGUGUCAAGUCCUUAUCUACUUCCUGGAUUAUCUGUGAGACUUUUUAUAAAAUAGAGAAUUUGAAGUGGCUUUGUUCUUGCUGGUCUAGUGAAAUGAUAAAUCUCAGUCUUGGUUACCAGGGACUGAAGGCCGAGGUACGCCAGCGCUGGCUCGUGUCAGCUUACGAGGACCAGUGCACAUGUCUCCCCACCUGAGAGGUCCGGGAGCUCAUGCCGGUACCUUGAAAUCUGCCGUGGCAAGAGGUGUCACACCACAGAGGUCAAGUUUCCGUUCACGUGACGCCACACAAAACACAGUGUGUCCAUAAUUUAAAUGGAAAAACUAAUUUAUUGCAUUUGUAAAAAUAACAUACCGAAGUUACAUGUGUAGAGUCCUAAAAAGCAUGUGAUAAAAUCCAGUACCCACGUAUGAUUUCUUUUAAAAACGUCACACACUAGGAACAGAAGGGAGCUUCUUAGUUUAAGAAAGGGCAUCUACCAAGAAGAAAAAAGCGCUAUAGCAGGCACCAUACUUAAUUGUGAAUUUUUGAAAACUUUACCCCCCAGAGAUCAGGAAAAAGAUACUGGAGCCUGCUAUCACCACUUCUUUUCAACUUUGGACAGGAGAGUCUAAGUUUAGGGAUUAAAAACAAAGACACAAAAUUGUCCUUCGCAGAGGACAUCAUAUAUGUAGCACAUCCAAAUUAAUAUAAACUCCGAAUUUGAAUUUAACGAGAUGAUAGGAUGCAGAGUUAAUAAAAUCAUGGUAUUUGAGCAACAAUCAGGAACUGAAGUUAGGAAAAUAGUACCAAUUGUAAUAGCAUCAGAAA